UUUAAAGGCAUUAAACAGCACAUCAAUGUACAUUUCAAUUAGACUAAAUAAUAAUGCUAUGAUUUUAUCGGUAGUAACUUUACUUAUUAACUUGAAUUAUUUCUUUCUUUUACUUCAUGUUAGGAAGAGUAUCUUUUUGCUCGAAAUAAAAAAUUGAUAUAGGAGUAAUAAUAUGGAUAGAGAUCAAAAACUGUUAGGGCAGAAAUUACACGUUUGAACUUUAUAGUUCAGUAUAGUUCAAAUAGAAAUUAUAUAGAAUUAUUUAAUAAUUUGUAUUCCACUGGAAUAAAAAUUUAAUUUCUGUCUUUAUCAAAUCUCUAUUUCAGAGUAUUUGUACGUAUGUACUUAUCGUCUGCUGUAUGAUCGAAUAUCGAAUAGGUAAUAAUCGUUGUUACUCGUUAUGUGAGAAAAAAUUAUGUAUAUUCACAACUAUGACUAUUGCAUUUUAGGCGUUUGGCCAUGGAUCGUUGCAUUAGGUUUUCGUAAUCCCCGAAACCCAGACAAACCACUAUGGAAGUGCGGAGGUUCCCUGAUAUCGGCUAGGCAUGUUUUGACCGCAGCACAUUGUGCACAUAUGGAUGGAAUAGAAAACAUACACAAUCAUAAUAUUGCCAUUCUUAGAUUGGUGGAGGAGGUGCCAUUUUCGAGGUACGUAUAUCCCAUUUGUACGAAAGAGCUCCUGCGAAAGAGCAACUUCGUCGGCUAUAACCCCCUUGUUGCUGGAUGGGGAGCAUUAAGAUAUAGACGACCACGACGUAAUGCAUUAAUGGAAGUACAAAUGCCAGUGAUUAAGAACGCCGAAUGCAAAAUAGCUUAUUCCAAAUUUCCUAAUGCACCUGAUGUCACUGAUGGUAUAAUAUGCGCCGAACGUGCUCAGGGUGGAAAGGAUUCUUGUACGGCUGACCGCGGCGGACCACUGCUGAUACAACAUGAAUUAACCUCGUAUUUAAUAGAUUAUAGAUUCCUAUACGACUCUCAGUAAAAAUUUAUCCGCACUCCAGAUAGUUAAAACUUCUGUCGACCGUAUUGAUCCAUCUGCACUCUUCGUAUGACGUCAAUAUCUGUUCAGUGCUGCUGCGCAGGUUUCUUUGUGUUACGUCAAUUCGUUUGUGACCGUUGCGCGAGUAAUGGCGCUUUGCAAUGGUGAUUUGCAGGAAAACAGUGCAGGAUGCUGUGAUUCGUUUCUUGUGGUCGGAGGUUAUGUUUGAUGCCUAUAUUUAUCAAAGAUUUAAUGCACAUUAUGGAGAAAGUGUUUUGUCACGAAGUGUGUUUGAAUGGGCACAAAAGUUCAAAGAAGAUCGCACGAGUGUUAUGAAAAAACAGCUGGACGCCCGUCCACAUCCACGAUGACAACAUUGAACGUGCUCAUGAACUUAUGCUCUAUGGAAUAGACGAGUGACACUGGAUAAUGUGGCAAAUCAUUUGCAAAUCAGCCACGGCUCUGCUUAUGCAAUAGUGCACGACAGAUUUGGGUUUUAAAAAGUUUGUGCGAGAUGGAUGCCGAAAAAGCUGAUGAAAAGGUGAAGACGACGAUGCAUUCGUGGUUCGCAGCUCAGCCCAAAACAUUUUUUAAUGAGAAAAUACGAAGGUCCUUCGGCAAAUGGACAAAGUGUAUACAGAAAUCGAGUGAUUAUGUCAAAAAAUGAUGUAUGUCUUUUUUGACAAUUGCUUAAAAUAAAUUCUACACCGACA